CUCUCUCUCCCUCUCUCUCUUCCUCUUGACUCCCUCCAUCCUCCUCCUCCUCCUCCUCUUCCUACUCCAGCAUGCCGCUCUGCUCUCUCUUCCUCUCUGCUCUUCGUUUUCAUCUCAACUUAAACUAUCCGUGCAUUUAAUUUUUAAUGAUAUGCAUAGAGCUCACUCAGUCCCCCCCCCCCCCUCUCUCUCUCUCCCUCUCUCUAGUUUCUCCUCCUCUCUUCGCCACCUGUUAGUUAGUCUCCCUCUCCUCUCCGCACUGGAAUCCCCUCUUUUUUUGCGCUAUCAGUGAGCCCUAUGACUGUGCGUAAAGGAAAAAGUUUAGCCAUCACCAUCCAGGAGCACAUGGCCAUCGACGUAUGUCCGGGCCCCAUCCGCCCCAUCCGUCAAAUCUCUGCCUACUUCCCUCGCCUGUCGCCCACUUCCUCCUUCUCUGAGCCACUCUCGCCCAAUCAGGUGGCAGCUCCCACGGCGCUCAGCCCUGGCAGCGCAGGUCAAGGUGGAGGGGCUGUCGGUGGGGGAGGAGGUGGAGGGGGGAGCAGCAGCCUGUUGUCACCACUGUUACCAGGGGCGGCGGGCGGAGGGGGCUCCCUGUCAGCCAUGAGUAGCAUGGACACCUCCAUUGAGAUCGACAGCUGUGACAGCGACGAUAACACCUCCUUGGGGACGUUAGAGUUUGAUCUACUGUAUGAGAGAGCCACCAGCUCCUUACGCUGCACAGUCCUGAGAGCAAAGGGUCUGAAGCCUAUGGAUUUCAACGGUUUGGCUGACCCUUACGUCAAGCUGCACCUGCUGCCAGGAGCCUGCAAGGCAAAUAAAUUGAAAACCAAGACUGUUCGCAACACGCUUAACCCUGUGUGGAACGAGACGCUCACCUACUGUGGAAUCACAGAGGAAGACAUGUACCGCAAAACACUCCGGGUGUCCGUGUGCGACGAAGACAAGCUGACACAUAAUGAGUUCAUCGGAGAGUCGCGGGUGGCCCUGCGUCGUGUGAAGCCUGACCAGACCAAACACUUUAACAUCUGUCUGGAGCAUCCACCUCCUCUGCCGUCUCCGACUGCGAUGAGCACGGCCCUGAGAGGUAUCUCCUGCUACCUGAGAGAGUGGGAGACUGAGCAGCAGAGAAGUCUAGAGGAGAGAGGCCGUUUGCUGCUCUGCCUGCAGUUCCUCCCCCCGGCCAGUGAUGGCGACGUGAAGGGCGAGGCCAAGGAGAGGGCUCGUGGCGGGCUGUGUGUGGGUGUCAAACGCUGCGCCCACCUGGCAGCCAUGGACGUCAACGGCUACUCAGACCCCUACGUUAAAACGUACCUCAAGCCAGACGUUCAUAAGAAAUCCAAGCACAAAACAGCGGUCAUUAAAAAGACUCUCAACCCGGAGUUUAAUGAGGAGUUCUUCUAUGAAAUCACCUUCUCAGAGUUAGCUACCAAGACGCUGGAGGUCACAGUGUGGGACUACGACCUGGGAAAGUCCAAUGACUUCAUAGGGGGUGUGUCCUUAGGGUGCCACUCGCAGGGAGACACUCUGCAGCACUGGAUAGACUGUCUGAAGAACAAGGGCAAGAAGGUGGAGCGCUGGCACACACUGACCAACGAGCUGCCUGGAUCUACACUGCAGGAAUGAACUGAUCCUCUUCCACUGUACUGACACUGGAGAGACUGACCUGAAGACUCGGGAUGAGAGACAACUCAUCGCAUGCUCUGAGGAUUUUCUGCAUGACUAUGAAGGAUUCAUAUCCUACUUACUUUGUGUCAUAAAUAAGACCAUAAUUCGUAACAACACACCCAAGAGCGUCACAUUCAGAGAUCAAUACUCUAAUCUUGGAUCUAAAUAGACCUGAUACAAAUCUGUGAAACCGUCCACACCACAAAGCUGACAGUAUGAGAAUUUUCAUAAUCAUAUUCAUAGGGAUCCGUGUCCCUUUUGUGGGUUUAAUGUCAAUCUAAAUGCUCCUCUGCGCUGCUCCAAACUGAUCAGAUAUCAAUCAACAAGAAAAAUUGAAAUCGUGCAAAAGAAAAUAUAAUGAGGGAGAAAGUUGAAUUAUUCUGCAGUUCAUCCCUCACGUCAGGUUUGCUUGCUCUCACUACACUCGGCCUGUUAUUUUCAUUAACUGCUGAUAUUAAAACUCCACCAUUAUGUGUCACAGCGCACAUACCUCUCCCUCGCAAUAAUGUUAUGCCUAAUGCUUCCGAAGAUUUCCAAGUGGUCUUAAUACUGUCAGACGUUUUGUAUCUAUUGAUCUGAUCACCUCUGGAUUGCCUGCAGACAGCACGACCUAAUAAGAUAAUUGGUUCUUCCAUGUUGAUGGUUUGUGUCAGUAAUCUUGCAUGUUUGGUGUUGAUGGAGCAAACUAAAAGACAAAUAUGUGCUAGGCUCUGCUGCAGGAUGAAAUAUUCAUCAGCGUGUUGUUCCCAAUUCUCCUGAGGUGUGUUGCUCUGAUUAACUGAGAAGAGAUUUUUUUUAUUUAAUUCAAGGGUAACAGUUUUUUUUUUUUAUGUUGUUCACAGUUGUUUAAUGUGUCAGCUCUUAUAUUACUGUGUCAGUUUCUUGUCAGUGACACGAUGAUGGACCUAAUUUUGCUUCAUGAUCCUAAUUUGUAUGGAAUUGAACAGAGACGUAAUUACCAGAAAAGUUUCAGUGCUGAUUAUUUUGUGGAGAGCUGUGCAUGGUCACAGUAAAUAAAAUCAUCAGCCUUUGUCGAAUAUUUAAAUAUGAAUGGUGUAUAGAGCACAGUGUUGUCUGAUAUCUUUAUGGUUGCUGCUUUACUAUGGAUUGCAUUAACCAAGCUGCAGGUUUUAUCUGUGCUCGGUCUCUCGUGGUAAAAGAGGCAUGCUGAAACUACCAGUGGUGUUCAUAUGUAAAUAUAUAUAUUGUGUUUCACUUGCUUUGGAUGUUUUGUCUUUUGGAAAGUGUGCAUGAUUGUUUAUUUCUUUUUCAUAAAACAUUCGUAUUGAAUUUACUGUGCGCAUCCCUCAAUUUUUAUUAUAUUUGCUCCGUUGUUGUAAAGUGGCCUCUUUGAGUCUGAUGUUUACAGCUCAGUGGCAAUCUAAUAAAGCCAAUACUGCCACCUA